AUGGCGACUACUUAUGGUAUGAUCAAUGGCCUUGCAGCCGACUUUUUUAGUACUAAAGGACCUAUAUGUCUAGGGACAACGUUCGAAGAGCAGAAGACACGAUUUCGACAGGCCUUUGCCGACCUAGCGAAUCCGGCGAACAAAAAGGCUCUGACCCAGUUAGUAGACUUCUUGGCGGACGAGUCAAAGCAAAUCCAAGCUGCAUACGAUAAAGGUGAUUCUGAAGUGUCAAAGACUUAUGACCGACUUAGUAGUAUGUUCGACAACAUGAAGCUACAGGUUAUCACCGCCAUAGGAUUGACCGAUGGUCUGACCUACAUUAACCUUGCCAAGAUCAACUUUGACCACUUUAGUCAAGAUGCGCGGACUGCUUACAACGCCGGUUAUGCUGUUGCGAUCAAUGAGGCAUUGAACAAGAACCUUGAAAGAGCCUACGCGAUGAACGCUUUCGCCGAUCACUUUUUGGAAGAUUCAUUUUCGGCAGGACAUCUCCGUACGCCAAGGCGAUUUCUAACUGACCAUUUGGGGGCUAAAGAUGGAUGUGCCAAGGAAGCUUACGGAGAUAAGCGUUUGUUCGACGAAGUAAAUCACAAGAACAUGCUCCAAAUUCGCGAAGCCUUACAAGCGUCAACUGAUGAGAUUUGGGCGGCCUACUACAACGGCGACAAACUAGAACUAGAUACUUACAAAGCGUGGAGCUAUGCACCUGUGCUUAGGAAUGUCAAAGGUAAAAAGAAUGCUAUGUUCUACACUCAAGAUAAGAAGCUCUAUUACCGCAAAGAUAUCACAAACCCUAAUGGGUUAGAAUAUGCGGAGACGGGAGUUCUCGCAUGGGUUAAAAUUCUUGCCGCUCUUAGGAUUAAAGCAGCACGUAGGGGGAAGACUUCUUAA